AUGACACAACCAGAUAUUUAUAAACAUUUAAUAUUUUGUACUUUAACAAUAAAUUCAUCUACUUUAUACACUUAUGAAAAUCAUCAAUUGACGUCAACAUUACCUAGAAUGAAUUGCUCAGAAAUUAUAUCACAAGAAUUGGGACUAAUUAAUUCAUCCAAAACGCUUGUUGGAUCCAUUCCAGUAUCAAUGAGCUCUUCAUUGAAAUUAUCAUUAUAUUUUAUGAAGAAAUAUCUUAAUUUAGAUGGAAGUAGAGAUUUAAUUACAGUAGUUGUUAUUGCACAUGUUGGAGUAAAUAGAACUUUUAUAUUAAUGAUUUUGAAAAAUAUAAUGGAUAAAUAUAUUGAUUUUAAAUCAAGACAAGAUGAUAAAAAUGAUCAAGCAUCAAAAGCUAAACCUGGAGAAUUUAAAUUAUUAAUGAAUCAAAUUAUAAAAUAUGAAGAAAUGAAUUUUGAUCUGAAUCAACAAAAUUAUAAUUACGGGUCAACAAAUGAUCAAAACGAUACAAAUACUAGUCAAAUAAAUCCAAACCAAUUAAUAUUAGCAAAUGAAGAAGUUGGAGAAGUAAGACAAUUAAUGUUGGAAAAUAUUAAUAAAUUAUUAAAUAGAGGUGACAAGAUAAAUUCUUUAGUGGAUCAAACUGAUAGAUUAAAUACUUCGUCACUGUUGUUUCAGAAAAAGGCUCAACAAAUUAAAAGAAGAAUGUGGUUUCAUAAAGCAAAAUUUAUUGUUUCAAUUGUUGUUGGUAUACUACUAAUAAUUCUUUAUAUAUUUUUCAGUCUAUAUAGAUAA